AUGGAGAUAACUACAACCUACAAGAAACUCGGGAAACUGUGUCCCGGUGACAAAUACCCAACGCAGCAACGAAUCCUCGACAAUGUCCGCAUUCCCGGAACCUGUCAGUGGUUUCUGAACCAUGAGACGACACAAGCUUGGUUAGAUGGCGACCAACAUCACAUUCUCUGGUUACACGGACCUAGUACAAGUGGAAAAACAUUUCUCAGUUCAAGCCUAGUAAACCACAUUCAUCACGACCAACACGAAAGUAUCGCAUGUGGUGUUUUUUACUUUGGGUGCAGCGAUCUGCAGUAUAACCUCGCCGAUUACGAUCUUGCAUUCCGAUCCAUCACCAGACAGCUUGUAUCCCAAACUCCAGACUCGCUCGGCCUGUGGCAGAGUAUUGUCGACAAUGAGGAAAUGGAGACGCCGUGUUUGAACGUUUCUUCCAAGAUCAUCGAGAAAAUUACAUCUACUUUUGAUAAGAUAGUCGUCAUUCUAGACGGUGUAGAUGCGACGAACGAGUCUGGCCUGAACGACCUUUUUCAUCUUCUGUUUGAUGAAAAGGUAAUUCCCUCACUAAAGAUCUUGAUUACAAGUAGACUCCCCUUUCCGAAUGCAAUCGACAGGACCGACCUCGGAAUAUCACAAAUUGAAGCUCGCGCUCCCGAGUCGGAUAUUGCACUUUACUUUGCCAGGUACAUCGACGAAUCUCCUGUCAACGCCGAGGUUCCCGACCCUGCGCGCGUCAGGCUCUUUCCUUAUAAGAAGUUCUUCGAUCUAUCCAACGGCUUAUAUUUGCCGCUGUUGCCGCAAUGGUUCAGCAACGUUGCUUCGCAACCAAACAGUGUGUUUCUCGAACUCGUCGAGUCGUGGUCACCAGAGUCGAAAGAUGAUGUGUCAAAAGCAUUCUGCGAAGCGGUAAUGGAACAAAUCAAGUCCUCCAAAGACGCUAAUCUCAUCAUGUGUGUGCUUUAUCAUCUCAUUGUCAUUGAUAAGAUGGGGUAUCUAUUCACCGUCCCAAUGGCGUAUGAAGCUCUUGAUGCUUGGGGUACCACACGACCAGAUGGAAAUCCAUUUACGGCCUCCGAAAUCCUGAAAUCUUGCCAAGGAUUUAUCUUUCUGAACGACAAGAACCAGACCAUAGUAAUGCGAUCUCCACUGUUGAUGGAACACCUUCGCACUCAUGUGCUCACAAAUUUUCACCAUCAGGUACAUACGAGAGUUACCAUGAAGUAUCUUUCGAAAGAAGACUUUGCGAACGGGGCCUCUAAGUCUUCUGCGGAAUUAAAAGAGAGAUUCCGGGCUCAUCCAUAUCUUUGGUUUGCAGCCAGAAGCUUGUCGCCCAACCUCACAAUGGGCGAUUGCUUCGAAUCAUACUUCCUGGCCUUGACUACUUCACAAGGAUCCAUCGAGUCUUACCAACAAGCUUCUGAAGCAUGGCCAUAUUUAGAUGACGAAUCCUAUGACGAAUGCGAAAGGUCAUGCGAACGAUGGCGCUGUUACACGACAGGCUAUACUGCGCUUCAUCUUGCAGCAAGUUUAGGAGUCGCCGAUGUGAUGGUACAAAGACUCGUCAGCGAUGGGGCUCAUCUUGAAGCACGAGAUGGGAGUGGUCAAACAGCAUUGCAUGUAGCAGCGGGCAUUGAAGAAGAGUCUGUUACUCUCAAGAAUCUGUUGCUUGCAGGUAGUGAUGUGGCUGUCAAAGAUAGAGAUGGUUUGACGCCUUUGGCCAUUUGUGUAGUACAUGGGAAUUUGGCUUCGGUCAAGUUGCUUAUUGAGUAUGGCGCUGAUGUGAGUACUCUCGAUGAGGAAGAUCUUGCAGAAUGCGCGAGGGAAAAGCCAGAAAUUGCCCAGUUCUUGGUUGAGCUUGGUAUUGAUAUGCCAGAUGUAGAUGAAAGUGACGACGGGAGCGGAGAUGAUUAG